AUGUCAACCCAAAUCCAACGACACAAAACGUCAAACCCCUACGAAGCUCAGUUCGGGUAUUCCAGAGGCAUCCGACGGGGCUCAUUCAUCUUCAUCUCCGGUACCACCUCCGUCUCUGGCGAAGUCGGCAAGGCGUUGAAGGAAGUUUUUGGGGAUGUUGGGCUGGCUGCGACGAUGAUUCUGGGUGUCAGAUUCGUCAGUGAGGAGAUGAGGGUUGAAAUUGAGGCGGAUGCGGUGGUCUUAUAG